AUGUCGCUCUGGUCCUCGUACAAAUCAUUACCGCCCAAAACCCGCGGCCUCAUCGGCAUUGCUCUCAUGGUGAAUGCCUCCGCAAUGCUGCUCUUCUCCGAUCAGAUCGAGGGCGCUCUUGGGCUGAAAUCGAACAUCGAGCAGCAGCAGAAGUUCUUUCAGAUCCAGACUGUGGAGCGCGAGACGAAAGGCUAG